UAAUCACUCUCCUCCACUCUCUCUCUCCACCUAGCCGAGACAACAACAACGGCCACGACGAGCAACAGAAGCAUGAACUCGCCGCCCCCGUCGUCGCUCGCCUCGCUGCUCGCGUACCCGAGCGGAGGCGUGCCAGCCGACGGCGCAGCGUCAGCGCAGGAAGGCGAUGCGGCCGCGCUGAUCAACUACCUGGGCGAGCACUAUGACCCCUCAGCCGACGAGCACUCUGGCGGCCGCCCAUUCCUAAACAACGGCGACUACCUGCGGCAUGCGGUGCGCGAGCGUGACGAGGCGCUUCCCACGAGCGCCCCGGCGCCCGCGUCGCCCCUCGACCCUUCGAUCGCGAUCCCCACCGCGCUCUCCGACCUCGCGGCGAGCGCGACCGACGUGCCGUACUUUGCGCCGCUGCCGCCGCUCCCGGCGGCCGAGGAGCUCGUCCUCGCGCCAGACAGAGGCGAGAUGGGCGGCAAGCGCCGCAAGGCGCCGCAUGAGCGCGCGGGCUGGAAGGAGAUGGAGGAGGACGCGCAGCGCGGCGAGAAACGCCUCCGUACCGCCGCUGCCGCUGAGGGGAGCGCCGGCGGGGUGGAAGAGUUUGUCGGGUACGAGGUCGCCCCGGCUGCUGCUGGCGAGUCGCUCGCUGCGGCCGCUGAGGCCGCGGAUGCGAGCGCCGAGGCUGUCGCUGCCGAUGGCGAGGAUGACAAGCGCAAGCCGCGCGCCAAGCUCAGCAAGGAGCUCCGCGCCGAGCAGAACCGCAAGGCGCAGCAGGUGUUCCGCCGCAAGCGCGAGGAGAAGAUGAAGCAGCUCGAGUUAGACUCGUUAGCUCUGGCGCAGACACGCGAGAGACUCGCGGCGUCCGAGGCGCGCAUCAACGACGUGCUCUUUGAACUCGAGGCCAAGAUGAUCGAGGCGGCUGGCCUUCGCCAGGCCCUCGUGACGGCGUCGGUCGGCACGUCGUCGUCGUUCGUGCGCACCGACGGCUCGCUCGCCAUCUCGACGGCCGACUGGGAGACGCGCGACCCCGACGCCGCGACGCAGGAGCGUACCCAGGCGGCGGUGGACGACCUCGCCCGCGCGAGCCGCCAGCUCGCCAAGCUGCACCGCGCGCGCAGGCUGGGCGAGGCGCAGAUCGAGCAGACGGCGCACGAGGCGGUCGAGGCCGCGGCGGCGGGAGCGCAGCAGUAGGUGUAGUAAUUCUUGUAGAG